UUUUGAUUAUUUUGAUUGGCCAAUAUUUAUGAUUGCAACUUGAUUCCUUUACUAUCCAAUAGGAUUUUUGGAAUUUGACAUUAGCCAACUCGAUUUGUGAAUUUUGUGAGCGGUGACAUAAAAUUGACACAAAAUUUGUCAAAAUACCGUAUAAACAUAAUUGCCUUUUCUCCAUUGUUUCUUUUAUGUUUUCUCCCGAGUUCCCCGAGUUUAUUUUAUCCAUUAAUCCGAAAUACUUAUCAAGAUUAAAUUACAGUCACCGUCUCACGUCAUCUCUCGUGUUCCCUUGCUGCAGUCACAAGGCGCACUCUCUCUGACCGCCGAACAGCGAACGGCGCACACCUGUGCAAACAGCGGCGGAGUGAGACGGAACCUCGUACGAUGCGAACCUCAUAGUGGCGGGCGGCAGCGAGCGAGUUCGUUCCUGAUGUUAUAAUUGAUGGUACAAUGAGUGAGGAGGCGCAGAAUGCGAGCCCGACGCCCGCGCCCGAGCCCGCGCCCGCGGCGCACGCCGACGCCUCCACCAACGUGUCACAGGCACAGGUCGCUCAGAUGACAGCGAGCUCCGCGCCGCCCGCGGAGAAUGGCAAGUGGAGCUGCGAAGUGUGCACGUACGAGAACUUCCCGCUCUCGCGAAAGUGCACCAUGUGCCGCGCGCCCAAGACUUGCCUCAACGAGAACAUCUUCAAGCUGCAGGACGAUGCCAGCGCGCUGCCCACGCAGGACGUUUGUGGUGCGGAGGCGGUGGCGGAGCGCCUGAAGCCGCUGCGGAUAUCGUCGCCGCAGGGCCCGGCCGCCGCCUGCUCCGUCGUCAAGUGGCCCUGUCCGACGUGCACGUACGAGAACUGGCCGAAGGCGCUGAAGUGCGCCAUGUGCGGCGCCGCCGGCCCGCCCGCGCCCGCCGCCCCCGCGCCCGCCGCCGCCCCCGCGCCGCCCAACAACAAGCACAUAGGCAUCAACGACAUCUGCAACAGCCAGGCGGCGCCCGAGGCCGAGGGCCGGCGCUCCAAGCGCCGCAACAACAACAUCGACUGGAUCUGGCUGCAGGCCUGCCUUGGCGUGGUGGAAGGCGACCCGCGUUGUGUGGACGCGUACCUGGCCAGCGGCGGCGACCCGGCGCGCGCGCUCACGCCGCACGAGGUCGCGCUGCUCAACCGCGCCUCCGCCUUCGACGCCGGCCACACGCUCGUGCACCUGGCCAUAAGAUUUCAAAGGCAAGAUAUCUUGUCGACGUUAUUAUCCCGGAUAUCGGGCGGCGGGCCCGGCCUCAAACGUUCCCCUUCCUACAUAGCGCCGGACCUGGCGGCGGCCAUCCGGCGGCACAUGGCGGGCUGCGUGCGCCACAAGAAGGGCAGCUUCCCGUGCCGCUACAUCAACGAGCUCAGCACCUUCGCGCUGCCCGCAGAGAUCGAGGAGCUCCCGGCGGCCAUACAGGAGCAGCUGUUCUCCGAGCUGUUGGACCGCGACGCGCAGCAGACGCUCGAGGCCGAGCCGCCGCUCAUCAACUGGAGCCACGAGCUCUCCGUCACGCUGGGGUCGCGGCUGUACGCGCUGUGGAACCGCUCGGCCGGCGACUGCCUGCCCGACGCCGUGUGCCAGGCGGCCUACGGCGUGUUCGACCGCCACAACGCGCUGCGCGCCGCGCUCGCCGACUCGCUGCACCACGCGCACAGGAGCUUCUACAGCCGCUGGCAGGGCUGGGAGCGCGUGCAGGCGGCGCUGCUGCAGUACGCGCCGGACGAGGCGCAGCUGCGCGCGGAGUGGGCGCGCCUCGUGGCCGCCGCCGCGCGCCCCGGCACGCCGCUGCACCAGUUGCACGUGUUCGUGCUGGCGCACAUAAUGCGGCGGCCGAUCAUCGUGUACGGCGUCAACGUCGUCAACUCCUUCCGCGGCGAGGCGCUCGGCUUCGCGCGCUUCCAGGGGAUCUACCUGCCGCUGCUGUGGGAGCCGGAGUUCUGCUCGCGCUCGCCGCUGUGCCUGGGCUACACGCGCGGACACUUCUCCGCGCUCGUGCCGCUCGAGCCCUACUCGCAGCGACACACAUACAUCUGCCGAGAGCAACAAGAAGAGAACGAGGAGAUGACAUUCCUGCCGCUGACGGACUCCGAGGGGAAGCUACUGCCGGUGCACUUCCUCACCUGCGAUGAGAUGGCAGACGAAGAAGGCGUGGUCCGGCGUUGGCUGUCGGCGUGCGUCACCAGCGGCGGCGUGCUGGCGGCGCGGCAACAGCUGCACGCGCGCCCGCUGCUGCAGGCCCAGCUGCUGGAGGAGUGGCUCAACCACUACCGCCGCCUCGCGUGAGUGCGGCACACAGCCCCUAGCGUCUAGUGUAGUGCGAGUGGCGUGUGUACCAGCGGCGGCAGCUGUAGCGCGCCCGCUGCUGCAGGCCCAGCUGCUGGAGGAGUGGCUCAACCACUACCGCCGCCUCGCGUGAGUGCGGCACACAGCCCCUAGCGUCUAGUGUAGUGCGAGUGGCGUGUGUACCAGCGGCGGCAGCUGUAGCGCGCCCGCUGCUGCAGGCCCAGCUGCUGGAGGAGUGGCUCAACCACUACCGCCGCCUCGCGUGAGUGCGGCACACAGCCCCUAGCGUCUAGUGUAGUGCGAGUGGCGUGUGUACCAGCGGCGGCAGCUGUAGCGCGCCCGCUGCUGCAGGCCCAGCUGCUGGAGGAGUGGCUCAACCACUACCGCCGCCUCGCGUGAGUGCGGCACACAGCCCCUAGCGUCUAGUGUAGUGCGAGUGGCGUGUGUACCAGCGGCGGCAGCUGUAGCGCGCCCGCUGCUGCAGGCCCAGCUGCUGGAGGAGUGGCUCAACCACUACCGCCGCCUCGCGUGAGUGCGGCACACAGCCCCUAGCGUCUAGUGUAGUGCGAGUGGCGUGUGUACCAGCGGCGGCAGCUGUAGCGCGCCCGCUGCUGCAGGCCCAGCUGCUGGAGGAGUGGCUCAACCACUACCGCCGCCUCGCGUGAGUGCGGCACACAGCCCCUAGCGUCUAGUGUAGUGCGAGUGGCGUGUGUACCAGCGGCGGCAGCUGUAGCGCGCCCGCUGCUGCAGGCCCAGCUGCUGGAGGAGUGGCUCAACCACUACCGCCGCCUCGCGUGAGUGCGGCACACAGCCCCUAGCGUCUAGUGUAGUGCGAGUGGCGUGUGUACCAGCGGCGGCAGCUGUAGCGCGCCCGCUGCUGCAGGCCCAGCUGCUGGAGGAGUGGCUCAACCACUACCGCCGCCUCGCGUGAGUGCGGCACACAGCCCCUAGCGUCUAGUGUAGUGCGAGUGGCGUGUGUACCAGCGGCGGCAGCUGUAGCGCGCCCGCUGCUGCAGGCCCAGCUGCUGGAGGAGUGGCUCAACCACUACCGCCGCCUCGCGUGAGUGCGGCACACAGCCCCUAGCGUCUAGUGUAGUGCGAGUGGCGUGUGUACCAGCGGCGGCAGCUGUAGCGCGCCCGCUGCUGCAGGCCCAGCUGCUGGAGGAGUGGCUCAACCACUACCGCCGCCUCGCGUGAGUGCGGCACACAGCCCCUAGCGUCUAGUGUAGUGCGAGUGGCGUGUGUACCAGCGGCGGCAGCUGUAGCGCGCCCGCUGCUGCAGGCCCAGCUGCUGGAGGAGUGGCUCAACCACUACCGCCGCCUCGCACAACAGACUCGCGGGCCGUUCCCGCCGCGGCUGCCCAACGAAUACUCCAGCGACCCCGACACCGACGACGAGUGACGCGCGACACUCACGACGCGACACAACACUACACGCGCGUGACGACAGGCAGGUGGCAGACACCGCAGGAAACAUACAGGGUGGAAUUUUGUAAUGCCACCUGAAGGGAAAGUACUCUUAAUACUGUAGAUAGACAUUUUUACGCAAAGAAAACAUUCCUUUAUUUUUGAAAAGAAAUAGAACUGCAUUCAAAGAUUUCCAAAAAUUUGCUUGCUACACCCGGGAAUCGAACCAACUAAAAUAUGUUAAAAAUUACACCCUGUAUUUUUAUUGAAUCGAUCGUUAGGCUUAAGUAUUAGGAUGAAAUCUCUCAAACAAACUUGAUAAAUCAAAUGAAUGGAAAACCAUGAAAUCUUAAAUUAUUGUAAUUAUUUACAGAAAAGUGUAUGGCAUGGGGGUAAAUUUUCGAAAAAAUUUCGAAAAUCUAUGAAUGCAGUUCUUUUUCUUUUCAAAAAUAAAGGAAUGUUUUCUUUGAGUAAAAUUUUCUAUCUACAGUAUUAAGGGUACUUUCCUUCCAGGUGGCAUUACAAAAUUCCACCCUGUAUAAGGCACACGGGGAUACGAAAAUGGUGCAGAGUUUAAAAAAAGCGGGCGGCAAAAUAAAGAAAAACGGCCGCGCUCAUUUUUACGAUUACAGAUUUGAAACAAGGUUUUCAAUCCCUUUUUGGUUAGCAGUUGAAUAUUAUGUCUUUGUAAAUAACUUUGGAAACGAUACAAACUGAUAACUUUAAAUGACUCCUGUUGUGUCUGUCAUUUGUCAUGUGAACGCGAAUUUUUCAUUUCAAUCAGUAAUUUGCCAUUUGAAACCAAUGAGAAAUUUAAAAUGACAAACUGCCCAAUAGUAUGCAAACUGACAGUAAAGAAAUCGAAUGUUCAAAUGCUGACUCACAUGAAAAAUUCGAUAGUGUUGUAGGAUGAAUGCUCGAAAACUUGUCUCCACAAAUACUAAAUAAAAUACACACAUACACAAAGCGCUAAUAAGCUGAACAACACGGUCACAAGUAUUCCCUAGCAUUCACAAACAAAUUAAUUGUUUACUUUCUCACGAUAUUAAAUCGAUGCAAGUACGAUUUUUGUGCAAUGGCAAAAUCGAUACUUCGACCGAUUUAGCUAGUUUCGAAACCGCGCCAAUCUCAAAUGUAGCGAAAAAUGAUCCACAUUAUCUUUUGGAAACAUGGCCAAUGAUGUUCGUUUCGGUUUUUUCUAAGGUCUAUUAAUCGAUAUCGAUAAACUCCUUCAGAACGUCUUAAACUUUCAGCGUGGUUCGGAAACGAUACUCUACCAAGCUAGCCGUUUUUUCUAAAGUUAAUGUGUGUUGUUUUUGCCGAGUAUUUCUUCACAGUGAUAUGUCUCGGAUGAAAUAAAAUUUUAGUUAAGGUCGCGAUAGCGGAGGUCAUUUAUGUUGUAGUUGAAUUUACUUAUUAUAUAGCACUUAUUGAAUUGCAAUAAUAUAUUUUUAAUAACGGAGUAUUUUCGGGUUUGGGUGACAUCUCCCUGUAUGUAAUAAACGGUGUUUAUUCAUUCUAUUUUCGCAAGCUCUCCUAGACUAUGUAAGUCCACUCACGCGACUUGCUUUAAUAUAGCAUAGUGUCCCUGUGUAUAACAUCGAUGUACCUGCUUUUUGGUUGUUUGUAGUCGAUAACUACUAACUGAAUGAUGUUGAAAACAGAGUAAACCCAAUGCUAGAUUAAAGAAAGUGGCUUAAGGGCUAUGCAACAGAUCACACGCAUUUUAAACUGUCACUACUUUCCAAUACACUAAAGAAAAUGCGUGCGACUUGUUGGUAAAGGGGUAAUCUCAGUGGUUGACAAACAGCUUCAACGAGUCACCUUUUUGGCCAAUGAGACGAUUGGUCUGUUAUCUCUGGAAAUUGCAAUAACUCGUGUGCCGCCUAUUGGUCAAAUUGUCUAGUUUUAAUCACAAUGAGAGAUAAUAGACGAGUGGCCAUAUAAAACCUGUUAUUAAUCAGGCUGCCGAAUCGAGACUCGCUCGCUCUCUUAUAUUGAUUACGACUGUUUCCUUUACUGUAAAAUGAUGUCACGAGGAAUUGAAACGGAAAAGUUUUGAUUCCAGGUUAUCAUUGCAUUAAUAAAAAUAUGACAUAGGUAUAAAAGAGUGAAGCGUUGUGAUUCGAUUCAGUGGCCAAACGACGGCAGGACUUA